UAGUGGCGACAGCGGGUUUCCUCUCAAAAUCUGUGUGGUCCUUAACCAUAUGUCUGACGCCAUAUAACCGUAAAUAAAAUGUGUUGAGAGCGUCGUUAAAUAAAACAUUUCUUUCUUUCCUAACAGCACGCUUGCAACGCGACAUAUUUAUAUGUCACGCCGUACGCGUGCAGUUAGAAUACGGCUCUCAUUACGGCCAUAGCAAACUGUAUAUCAAAACUAUGCAAUACCAAACGGUAGUCAAGAUUCCCGCUCUAAUACAACAAAUAUCCGAUGUUUGAUAACAAUGUUCCGGUUAAAUACGUAGAUGUUGACAGGUUUCUUCCUAUUGUGUGUGUAUUAGUGAUUAAUGUGUCAAAUAUUUAUCACUGAACUCGAAAAUGAUCAAUGUAAAGUUAUUUAACGUCAAACAUCAGAUUGUUGUAUUACAGCGUUUGGUAGGCACAUAUUGCACAGUUUUGAUAUACGUCUCUGGCCAUAAUGAGAGCGUUAUAACUGUCCACCAAUUGGCUUGUCUUUCUCUCUUACGGUCACCGUACUCGGGCUAGUCUGCAAAAAGCAUGUUCAACAUACAAGAUGCGUGUAUUACAGGUCUCAUGCAAUGGUAGAAGACUUUAAUUUAUUUUGUUCAUCAUCAUUUUAAUAUUUUAAACACCUAUUCUUGUUUUUAUGUUUAGAAAAUAACUGUAAACAUGAAAAGAGAAUUGAGUUUUGUACAUGUUUGGUAGUUUUACUUCAUUCUUGGGCCAUGUUACUGUUUAGUAUCAGGCCUAGUGCUUAAAAAAAAACGUUUCUAAGAGUCUAGACUCAAGAUUAGUCGAGUCGGAGAUUUUAGCGUUAUGUGAUGUGAUAUUUGUCUUUUUGAGAUCGAUGUGUUUCGAAUUUCAGUUAUGUAGUACAAUGGUAUAGUUGGAAUUUUAUAACUAGUUAUGCAAUAGUGAGUUAUGCACUUGUUCAGUGACAGUGAUAUCAUAAUUAAAUAUACAUAACUAAAUUUUAACAAACUUGUCAGUUACAACCCUGUUAUUGUCAGAAUUCACUUUAUAAAGUGAAGUGAUGUACGUAAUGUGUAUGUUGGACAAUGUGACAAGUAAUGUGAAGACGUAUAAACUAUAUGGUGUGCAUAAUGUCAGGUACUGUAACCUAUAACUUCAGGUCAUGUAUGGUGUCAAACCAAUGAUUGAAUAUAAUCGAAAAUUUAUUGGUUGAGCUCUACCGUGGUGAUGAUAAAUUAUAAAUCGAUAAUAAAGUAGUGCAAUAAUUAGGAAGCGAAAACAACGUAUGUGAGGUUCUGUAUUUAUUACAUACCUUUUUUUACUUUUUACAAAUCAGUUUUUAAAUUAAUGUCAUAAAUACACUUUCUUAAAUCUAUGAUCAAUCCUUUCAUGAAUUUACUUAAAGGAAAGGUGUAGGCUGGCUCUAAUGCCAAAUUAAACAAAUAUGGAGCCUAAAAUGAAGAAUGAUGCAAUAAAAUGUUUAAUAUGUUAACGGGUUUAGGAUUAAUUGACAAUAUUAACACGGUUUCUAUUUUACGCGCAUGGAUAAAAUAACUACGCGAAAAGCCGCGUGCAUUGGCUGUGACGUAGCACGUGAACAGCCAGCCAGUAAACAAUAUGUGAAACCAUGUGCUUUUUGAUAGAUUUGUUUACAUUAGCGCUUUGAUCAAUGGCUUACCAACCGUUUAUGUUUGAGCCCGAACGUUCCGAACAUGAUAGUGAGUCGGACUUCGACAUAGGAUUAUCUUCAGGCGAUGAAUUGGAAGAAAAUGUCGAAAAUAUUGCGCGAUUGGGAAACCGAGAUUGGUGUUUGUGUGGCAACUGCAGACCAAUGGACACGGUAAAAGAAAGUAUCUGUUGUUUAGAAGUAGACCAAAUCGGCGACAAAAUGCAAACCACCAACUUGCAGUGCAUUCUAGAACAUUAUGAUUUCCCGAUUAUAUGUUUGUAUCCAGAAGUGCUCAGGACAGCCCUCGUAGCCAGAGCCGACAUACGACGCGAUGACUACACAGAACCAGUACCAAAUAGGCUGUGGCGAGAUCGUCAGGAUUUUCUCAGUGUAGCAUUUUUAUGUUGGUGAAGUUGUCACACGUUACUACGCAACUAUUUGUCAUAAGUGCACACUUUGAUGUUCAAUUUGGUAUAAUAAAUAUAUGAACAAGA